AUGCGUCCAGGCAACACACCGCACCGCCAUUUUGUUACUUUAGCUGUUAAUGAAAACCUUCAGCCAACGCCCGAUAUUAAAUCUACACUUUUAGAUGAAGAUUUCUGGUCUAUGAUAGAACAAUCCACCAGUGUUCUUAAGCCUAUAGCAGAAAGUAUCUUUAAAUUAGAAGGCAAUGAAUUCAACAUACAUAAAGUAUUUAUGGUGCUAAGAAACCUGAAAUCAAAGUUAGAAUUUGUGUUACCAAGAAUCACAAUGCUGGAUGACGACAGCAAGGAGAAUAUAAAAACUUAUAUUGAAAAACGAGUUAAGCAGUGCAUAAAACCCAUACAUUAUGCGGCCUACAUGUUUGAUCCUAAAUCUGCAGGCAUUGAACUAAAUCAGGCGGAAGAAACUGAAGCCAUGGAAUUAAUCUAUAACCUCGCUGAGCAUUGCAACAUUGACUGUCUUGCUGACCUGGCUAAAUAUAAAGCUAAAGAAGGUCUUUGGAGCAAACCAUUUACUUGGAAGGCCGCUGAGAAAGUAAAUCCCAUUUUAUGGUGUGAACAUACUGUUCCAGAAAGGUCCGACAUGGAAGACACAGAUGAUGAUAUGUUGCACGAUGCUGCCAUGGAGGGUCACAUGCAAGAGGAUAUGUAA